AUGACCAAGGCCCAGCUCCUCGAGCAAGUUCAGCUGCUUCAGCAGCAGCUGUCGCAUCAACCGCAGCAGUUGCAGGGUGACAACGACGUCGCAGCUACGACAACGCCCAAGAAACGUAUCUCAACCAAACCUUCCACGUCUAGCAUUGCAUCGUCGAUGGCGACAAGCCUUGUUGACAUGGCAAGUGAGGCCCCGGUUGUGUACACACAUUCCAUGGUAAACGCACUACUCGAGCUACGAUUCACUGGAUUUCGCGCAUCGUUUAAUGCCGACCUGUCCAGCAAGCAACUGCAUGUACUCUGGGAAAAACUUGCCUUACGGUUUAACAUUUUGACUGAACAGCCGCGCAAGGUCUCAGUCGAUUCACUCAAGAACAAGUUGGGAAAGUUGCGGUCGGAGUUCGUUGCGAUCCAGCGUAGCUUGACAGCGACUGGCAACGACGAGCUGUCGACCCCCCCCAAGCCGAGCUACUACUCGGAGAUGUUGGUUGCAUUUGCGGAUUUGCAUGGGCUCGGAGACAUCGAGUUUGGCAUGGAGCGUACCCCCAGUGCUAGCCCAGGCGCCGAAGACGACGUCGAAGUGCUAGAGGACUUGCAUGCCACUGGCGCCAUGCAACAAAACAAGCGGAAGGUUGAAAUAGACUUGGAGAUGCAGCGCCAGCACCAAAUGCGCAAGAAGCAUAAUCCAGACCUUGCGGCGGGGCUCAGUAACCUCGGAGAAGCACUGGCGAGUGGACUCAUUGAGGCAGCCAAGGUGAAGAACUCCCGCAGCUCUGGCGUGGACAUGUCAGAACAAAUGACAAAGCUAUUGGAUCUUAUGGAGGAAACGAAAGCCAGCAUCGAUAAAACCAAUGACGUCAACGACAAAAUGCUCCAGUUUCUCCAGGGUAAAUUCUAA